AUGAAUUUACAACUCAUACACUGGUCUUGCGUCUUCGUGUCGCUCGUGCUUAUACGAGCAGCGUUCGCUGACCAGUUCACAUACAAAGCUUGUUAUUCGUCAAGCGACAUCCGAAAACUGGGGUUAUCUUCUAAGGGAGAUUACGAAUACCAGUCUGUUUCGUACUGUGAAAACGAGUGUUCUGGACAAGCUAUUGUCGCUCUUUUCAAUGGUAAAGGCUGCUAUUGCGGUGGUUCUGUUUCUCAAUUGAAAUCUUUAACACAACUGGAUUCCAGCGACUGUAAUGUUGCGUGUGCUGGUUGGCCUUACCAAAAUUGUGGUGGUUCUUCGGCCAUGAACGUUUAUAUCAACAACGCAGCAUCCACGGCGGACUCAUCUUCGUCCUCUGUGUCUUCAUCUAAAUCAUCUUCUGCAUCUUCAAGCACUAGUUCAAAAACGUCCUCGAAAUCGGACUCGAAAAGUUCAACUAGUUCUUCUGCUACGCAGUCUUCAAUUUCCUCAUCGUCAACUACCACCUCAAGUUCUUCCUCAAAGACGACCACAUCCUCUUCUACUUCUUCUUCUACUUCUUCUUCCUCUUCUUCUUCUUUUUCCUCUUCCUCUUCCUCCUCUUCUUCUAGUUCAGAAACGUCUUCUACACUGACAACCACUUCAUCCACGACAUUGCCCUCGUCUUCAUCAUCGACACCAAAGGUUACGUCGGCCCCUUCAUCGAGUUCUGCAGGUACAUCAACACAUUUAACUACUCGCGUGGUGACACAGUCCGUUGUUUCUGAAGCGAAUGACCAGGCAAGCACAAUAUAUAUCACAAGGACCUCUGUUUAUGCGACAGAUUCGUCUACGGCCUCCUCUACUAGUACAUCUCUGGAUGGGAAGUCAAGCACCUCAAAGAGUAAACAUUUAAGUGGUGGUGCCAUUGCAGGUAUCGUAGUGGGUGUCGUUUGUGGUACAGUUAUCUUGGCAGCAUUGGUCAUAUUAUACUUUGUUUGGAAAAAACGUCGCCAGACUUCCCAGCAGGUAGACUUAGAGGAGACUAAACAUUACCAGCCGUAUUCCUUUGGUGACGCCGAUGCUAACCCCGUUCUUCCACGAUCUACUUCCAGUUCCAACUGGCAUAUACCCUCCAGAAACAAUACUGCGUUGUCCAAGAAUACCGCACCCGGUUUCGCCAAUUAUGACCUGCCGACAAGGUUGCCGGGCGGUAGAGAUUCGGUAAUGGCUGGUGAUAUUUCUAAUGCCACCAAAAGAAGCCAUGUACCAUCUGUGGUAUAUGAAGAGCCACCUUCGAUCUAUAACGGGAACCAAAGAUUCAGUGCUACCUCAUUGCCCGAUAUGAUGGAAGAAAGACAACUACAUAUUGUAAACCCUGAUAAUAUAAGUUUGAGUAAUGAGAGCAACGCCUCCAAUGGUGACGACGAUUAUGAUGAUGCCAAGGAUUCCAAUGAUAGUUCUUUGCGCUGA